AUGUUUCAGUUCCCAAAAAACUUGAAAAGGUUGUUUAAAAACUAUGGUAGUCAGAGGGUAAAUUUUUUCCUUUCUUCUUUUUUCCACCAAAUUUUCUCUCUCACCAUCCUUUGUUUUUCUUUCUAUUUUCACCAAUUCUCAGUUUCCCCCCCCAUUCUUGUGUUUUGCUUUUUAUUUUACCUCUCCCUCUUCCAUUUUUUUGCAUCUCACUCACAACCCUUUCUUUCCCUUUUUGUCAAUCACUUCCUCCAUUCUAUUUCUGUUUCUCCUGCCCACAUUUCUUUUUCUGCUUCUCCCUCCCUCCUUUCUCUUUCUUCUUUCUCCCUCCCUCCUUUCUCUUUCUUCUUUCUCCUCCUCCUUUCCCUUUCCUUUCUUUCCUUUCUCUUUCUUCUUUCUCCCUCCUUUUCUUUUCUUCUUUCUCCCUCCCUCCUUUCUCUUUCUUUUUCUCCUCCCUCCUUUCUCUUUCUUCUUUCUCCUCCUCCUUUUCUUUCUUCUUUCUCCCUCCCUCCUUUCUCUUUCUUCUUUCUCCCUCCCUCCUUUCUCUUUCUUCUUUCUCCCUCCCUCCUUUCUCUUUCUUCUUUCUCCUCCCUCCUUUCUCUUUCUUCUUUUUCUCCUCCCUCCUUUCUCUUUCUUCUUUCUCCCUCCCUCCUUUCUCUUUCUUCUUUCUCCCUCCCUCCUUUCUCUUUCUUCUUUCUCCCUCCCUCCUUUCUCUUUCUUCUUUCUCCCUCCCUCCUUUCUCUUUCUUCUUUCUCCCUCCCUCCUUUCUCUUUCUUCCCUUUUCUCCUUCUUUCUCCCUCCCUCCUUUCUCUUUCUUCUUUCUCCCUCCCCUCCUUUCCUUUCCUUUCUCCCUCCCUCCUUUCUCUUUCUUCUUUCUUCUCCCUUUUCUCUUUCUUCUUUUCCCCUCCAUCCCUCACCCUCUUUGUUUCUUUCUCCCUCCCCCUCUCCCUUUUACUUUUAUCCCCUCCUCCACUUUCCUUUGUUAUUCUCCUUUCUUCCCUCCCUCCCUUUCCAUCCCUCACUCCUUUGUCUUUCUACCUCUCUAUCCCUCCCUCCACUUUUUACUUCCAUUCCUCCCUCCCUCCGCUUUUUUACCAUCCCUCCCUCCCUCUCCCUUUUCCUUUUUAA